GUAAUUCAAUCUCACAGGUAACCACAAUGAAGGAGAAAAAUGUGCAAUUGCAGUAUAGAAAUCUCACAGGAUGGCCUAAACUUCAUCUACAAGUCUGGCACCAGGAUUCCUUCGGUAGAAAUGAGCUGUAUGGAUACGGAUUCUGUCACAUUCCUUCUACUCCGGGAUAUCAUGAAUUCAGUUGUGUUACAUGGCGUCCUGUUGGGUCCUGGCAAGAACAGAUAUCUCAGUUUUUUGUAGGAGGUGGACUUCAACUGAAAAAUAGUGAUUUAAUAUAUAGUGGAGCAGAUCGUUAUCGCUUGCAUACAACUGCGAUGGGGAAAGUGCAUCUCCAGCUGGGGGUUUUGAUGAGACAUUUUGAUCGAUAUGGGGUAGAGUUCUAGUAGAGGAGUACAGUGAACAUGCAGUAGUAAUUUCCAUCUUUUCCAAUCUAAUUUAUGAUGGCUUCCUUCAGGGAAGAGAAAUUUCUCCCCACAAACUCAGGUUGAUGAGGCAUUUAUUUAACAAAAAGUAUCUGUUCUACUACUGCUUAUAUAUUUAAAAGGUUUCUAAUACUAAAAGAAAAUAUUAAAAUAAAAUAUUUUUGUAUUGCUUCAU